AUGACGACUUCAGGCAUCGACAUCGGCCCUUUUGCCUCGUAUCCAGCCACGGAUAAGGGCGGACUGAGCUUCAUCCUUGACGCAGGAACAGCUGUUGAAAAGUCUAUCAGCUUCAGCUUUUCUUCUUCUUCCUCUCGGAUGGAUGAGCAGAGGAAGUCCUCUGUAGAAAGGGAAAAAGCAAAGAAGAAAGAGCCGGAGGGUUGUCUUGUCUUGAUCCGCAGCGGAGGCAGAGCCAAAGUAAACAAUCCAACGGUUUCCUUUGCAUUCUUCACUCUCUUUCAUAUUCUCUCUUCCCUUCUUUGUUUUUUAUUCUCUCUCUCUCUCUCUUCUUUCUUCUCUGUCGUUGUCUUUUUUUUUGUUUUGUUCUUCUUAUUAUGCUUCCUUUCUUUUUCAUGCCAGACCCUCCCCCCCUGGCUGCGAGUAGGAAGAUUUCCCUUGGGCGCCGGAGCGGGCGCCGUUUCUUUACCCAGAAACCUUUUUUUUUUUUUUUUUUUUUUUCUUUUCUUCUUCUUCUUCUUUUUUCCUUUCUCUUCUUAA